CACUGCAUACACAUUCAGUCGCAUUUGCGUUGCCGCCAUUCGCUCAAUCUGUUUUCUGUCGUCCUCCAAAGUGUACACGCAGCCCUCGAUGGAGCAAAGAUUGAAGAACAUUGGAAAAAGAAGUGGCAUUGAAAAUGGAAGUAACACUGGAAGAGGAGCUUCUGACGUUGACAAGAUAAGGGGUUGUGCCAGCGAAAGUGUGGUGCAGGAGAAGCCGAAACGGAAGCGCACCCAUGCCAGGAACCACACGUGCGAAGUGCGCGGCAAGGCCUUAACCACCCACGCGAGGCUUGAACGUCAUCUGGCAACACACGCCGGGAAAAAGCCGUAUGCCUGUCAGUGCUGCCCGGCAACUUUCGCGCAAAGAGGGGUCCUUUAUAGGCACUUUCUCACUCAUACCGGAGAAAAACGUCACAGCUGUCCUAGAUGCGGCAAAAUGUUCACCAGGGAAUCGAGCGUCAGGAGGCACCUCCGCGCACACACGGGCAAAAAGUCGUUCAAAUGCAACCAUUGCCCAGCCGAGUUCACGGAUCGUUACAACUUGAAGCAACACUUACUCGUGCAUAGCGGCGAAAAGCCGUAUAAGUGCGAAGACUGUGGCAGAAGGUUCGCGCGAUGGUGGACCCUUUCGUGCCACAACAGGACGCACACCGGCGAGAAGCCGUUCCCAUGCGACUCGUGUCCGGCCGAGUUUUCCCAGAAGUGCGCGUUGGUCAGACACAAGCUUACGCACUCCGAGAAAAAGCCCUGGCAGUGCGACGUGUGCGACAAGACUUUCGGGCUAAAAUCCCACCUGAGGCGCCACUCGCGAGUCCAUACCGGCGAGCGACCCUACGAAUGCAACCUCUGUCCAGCCACAUUUUCCAGCCAGUCCGCUUUUAUUUACCACACGCGGGGGCACACCGGAGAAAAGCCGUACGAGUGUGGUGCGUGCGGCUUGAGAUUCCGGAGGAGUGACCACCUCAAGGUACACGUGAUCAGAAUCCACGGUGAUCCAAGAGCUGGUGCGGGGGGGGGGGGGGGGCGUUGCCUUCCAGGAUCGUCUCAUCGCGGGCCGGAAACUUAAGGGACCGUCGGAAAGCGUCAACGGCCGGAGCCCGGAAAGAAGCUGAAGGCGCAAAUCAAGACAUCUGCACUGUAAACGAUAAUCGCGCGUGACCGAGUAGCAGUGAUUCUCAGAUGUCGUCGUGUUAGUCUGGAGAAACGGGCUUUCCAGUUACUCUACGACGUGUUUGUAAAACGUGCACAGCAUGUUUUUCUUUUCAAUGCAUGAAUUAAAAACUGUGUUUUUCAAGACAGUUUUCAUGACACGAAUCGAAAAUUUUUGCUCAAA